AUGACCGCUGUCCCGGGAUUUCUGGCUAGUGCUGCGUUCUUUACUUUCCUUCGAGCAAAUUUAGUCCUACCACCGUCAACUCUCAACUCUACAUACUCAACACCUAUUCUCUACGCGUCUUCUUCUCAGACCCUCCCAACACUUCGCCCAUCCUCCCUCGCAAAUAUGUCUUCCAAUAUCGAUGAUGAUAUCAUUGUGCCCAAUCCUCUCGACGGCAUUCCCUCUCUCACAACUAUCGCCUUAACCACGGAAGAAGAUAAAACAAAAGCCCUAAAACUGGUUGCAGACUCUAUUGCGCAACAACGACAAAUUGCCGCUCAAGCAAUUAUUUUCCAUCCUCUCACCCUCACACUAUACGCAUUAAUAAUAGGAAUUGUUACAAAAUGGCAAUACACAGACACCAGUGAUUUUGGAUUACUAGCAACGACACUUGCAGGAGUAACAAUGGCAUGUUUGGUAGCAGUACGAGCUGCAACCGCUGGAUAUUUACACACGGCUGAGGAGUUCAAUUGGGAUUUUACUAGGAAUGAUGAUGGGGAGGAAGAUGUUAUCAUUGGUUCUCGAUAUGGCGAUGAAAUUAUUGGAGCACUUAUAUUACGUAUUGAGCGAGCACCUCAUAUAAAUGGAUCGCCAAAGAGAGGAAAAAGUGGAAAGAAAGGGGGAAAAGGUGUCGUGAGGGCGUGGACUACAAAAGUAAGGUACAGAGGUACCGGUGUGGGAACGGAGAUGUUGGAAGAGGCAGUUAGGGAGACGAGGGGAAAAUUAGGGAAUUCAGCUGAAGUGGGAUUUGCUAAGGAGCAUGCAAAUGCGAAGAUGAUACUACCGGAAGUUUUCAAUGGCGAAUUUAGAAAGAGGGAGAGGAGAGCUGCUGGUGCAUUGGAAGCGGUGCUUGAGAGUGCAAGGGGGAAGAAGAGAUAA